AUGGCUAAGAAAGGAAAGGGAAAGAAAGGCAAGAAGGGAAAGAAAGAACCAACAGAAGGGAUUACAGAAGUUGAGAGGGAACUUUUUACGAUUCAAAUUGCAGAUUUAACAGCAAAGGUUGAGAGAUUAAAAGCAAGGUGUCUUGAGCUUGAAGCAAGCAAUGUUGAAUUUGAAGAAAACAUUAAACACCUUGAUGAAGAUCGAGGUGAUGUUAUCACCUACCUCAGAACUCAAGCAGAUCAAAAGCAAGAUGAAAUAGAAGAAUUAGAAGAACGAGUGGAAGGUCUCAUAAGGGCACGAGAAAAUGAUGUAAGCAUGUACAAGGAAAUAAUCAGACAAAGUGAACAUGAUUUUAAGAUCAUGCAUGAACAACUUACUUCAGAAAUUAAACUUCUUACUGGAAAGCUUAACUCACUGGAAGACUUCCGUUUACAACGAGAUGAUUUGGUGAAGAAGUUUAAACUUCAAGAAGAACAAAUGGGUGUUCAGGAUGAAAAACAUAAACAAAUUAUCUAUGAAGUAGAGAAAAAGUUCAUUAUUGCUAAAGAUAAGCUGAAGAAGGAAAUGGAAGGAAAACUUCUCCAGUUAUCAAGCAAUUUCUCUGAUGCAACAGAAAUACGAAUUGCAGCUACCACUCAUCAUGCCAUACGGGAAAACAUUGCUAUAAAUAAUGAGUUAGACAGAAUAAUAGCUACCCAUAAUAAAUUAAUGGCUGAAAAUGAAAAAAUAAAAAAUUAUGACAAAGAGCUGAGGCAAAAAUUUGAGCUGGUUGAAGAAGAAAAGCGCAUACUUCUUAGGAAGAAUUCAGUUCUUCUAAAGUUACUGAAUCGUCUUGCUAGAGAACAUCAAGACAUGGAAGUAUUUCUAGGUGAAUUAGAACGUGAGGCUCAAGUUUCUGAAUUAUGUCAGUUGAAACUUGAAGAAGCAGAGCGAGCCCUGAAACAAGCUCAACUUGAAACUCGGUUUGAGACUCAGAAAGUGCAUGGUGCACUCUAUGAACAACAAGAACUUAAAAUGUUAGCAGAUGAAGCCAAGUUGCGAGGAGAUAAGCUUAAUGCAGUGGUAGAACAAUGUGUCAGUGCAAUUCAGGAAGUAAUAACUGUCACUGAAGGUCAAGAUGAAACUAGUAUGCUUCAAGCUCGAGAGACCUUGUUAUCUCGUCUUCUUACUUUGAUGGAUUCAUCAACACUUCAAUAUAUUACAGUACCUCCUCCAUCAGGAAGUGGUUCAGUAACAUCAGUAAAGCAAAAGUCAUCCUCUAUUUCAUUUAAAUCAAAAAGCGGUGACUCAAAAUCAUCCAGAGCAUCACAAAAGGAAUCAGAUGAAUCUCAAAAAACUGGUACUUCGCAAGAUCGACCAUCUGGAGAAAAUGUUCCAAACAGGACAUCCUUAAGAAUAAGAGAGUCAUCGAGACCUUCAGGUGAAUUGCAAAUGUCAGGUGGGCGUAAGUCAACAAGAAAGAGUGGCCUGGAAGAUGUCAUUAAGGAAGAAGGAGAGGCUAAGGUUGAAUUUGUGGAGCCAAAACAGACUGAAGAUGAAGAAGUUUAA